AUGGUGGCGGCGUCGGGCAGCAACGCGUAUGCCAAGGAGAUGGCCAUCCGGAGAAGGAUCUCAAACAUGUAAGCCUCUCUCGCUCACUCUCUUCCCGGCGUCCACCGUCCUCCGUUGCAGCCUUUUUUUUUUUAGAUGUUCGUCGGAAGUUGUUCAGGUGAUCGUGCGCUCUUCGGCUCCUGAACAUCAUCUGUCAGGCACUUUUUUCCUCUCUUAAAUAUCCUAAUUUCUUCAGACUCUUAAGAUAACACGGGGUAAUCCUCUCCUUGUUGGUUAAAAUCCAUCGACUAGAAUGGGGGGUUGAACAUGCUUCGUGUAACACGAUCUUCCCAAACUACAAUGCAAUCCAGUCAGGUGAUCAACCGGUCGUGGAGCAAAUACCAUUUUCCUGACCAAUCUGAAAGCUGUCUCAUUUGUAUUAGUUCGCUAUGAGUUUUUGCAUUCAAUGAUCGUAUCAACUCAAAACGAAAGAACUGAAGAGCCAUGGCUUUUCAUCUGGAGCGGGUUAUUGUCCUACCAUCUAAUACCAUGGUCUCCAUAUGUAGUUCACCGUUAGGUGAUUCUUCUCUUUCCUUUGUGGGGAGGAGGGAGGAGGGCUGAUUAUAUUUACAGACAAAAGAGCAAUAGUCAUCUCUUCUGGAGCAGCUGUCCGAAGCAAAAAAACAGGAGUCGGGCAUUAGGUGAAACAGAAAGAAUUUUUCCGUUUUAUACUAUCCAUCUGGAAAUGUUUCCCGGUACUGUUUGCUUUCUUUCGUAUUUCACCUUUGUUUGAUGCGGAAGCACAGGGAUUGGCUUAUACAUUCCCAGCUUUUCACAAAUGCAGAUUUAACAAAAGGGAAGACGAUUUUCCUACCUUAAGAGAGUACAAUGAUUACUUGGAAGAAGUGGAAGACAUGAGUAUGUACGAAGAAGUUCUGUACCUUGAUCCGAUAUUAGACACUGCUGUUAACAUCUGUCCUGUAUUUUCUUUUGAAGCCUUCAAUUUGAUUGAAGGGAUAGACGUUCCUGCCAUUGAGGCCAAAAUUGCCAAGUACCAAGUGGAAAAUGCUGACCAAAUAAUCAAUUCCCGAGCACGAAGGGUAUUCUAAAUUCGUUCGUCAUAUUUCUCGCAUAUUAGCCAUGCUGCUAAGUUUACUUUUCUGAGAGAAUGUGCACUAGAUGUGCAGGCUGAGGAGUUGGCAGCUUCAUUUGCAAGCAGGAGGCAACCUACUCAGACUGAUGACUCCGAACCUGUGAGCCAAUUUCCCCAAUUAAGAUGUGUGCCUACUGUCUGGUGUAUUCUAAUGGUCAAUUGAUAUUCAUGGAGAUAAAACCAAUGCAGUCAAUGCUGCGACAGAGUGUUUUCUUUUGAUAGAGUGUAAGAUUUUGUCCUAUCGAGUAUUCAGUUUUAGCUCUAGUGAGUUUUCUCUCUUCUUUUUAAUCCUCAUUUCCUUUUCUUCUCCACCAUCUUCCACCGUUUUCCUCCUUUGUUUCUUCCUCCAAUCUCUUCCUGCAGCUCAUGCUUUCAUGUUCUUCCUCUGAUUGCAGCACUACUUUUGAAAAAGGCCAAUCCGAACAAGAUUUGGCUAAUCCGCUGAUCUCUCAAUAAUCAACUGAUUUCAGUUCAAUUCCAUCUGAUGUGAUGGCUUUCUUCAAUAUUCGACAGGAGAUUGGAACCCCACCCCCACAGCCCACCAGAGUAGGUUGACUUGUGUUAUUUCUGAGGACUGUGGUCAGAUCCCCUUUCUUUUUGAUGGGAUUCCAUUUAGUUGGAUUCUUUCUGAUUUGAUGGGCCUCCUUCUUAGUUGGCUCAUUUAUUCAGAUGUAUUUCAGUGCCUGUCUUCUGUCCAUUAUGUGAGUAGUAGAUCCACAUAUCAACUGGCUUAUUCUAUGCAGAUCUAAACACCUCCUAAUACUUUCCACAGCCUUCCCUAGCUUUGCUUAUUCGGCUGGCAUUAAUUCUUGUUAAUUUUUAUUUUCCAAUUUUUUAAAAUUAAAAUGGAAAGUUCUAUUUUGGUAUUUUCUGUGGAUAAAAGAUUGGCAUUUUACAUUCACAUUUUGUUCCUUUUGCCCGAAUAGUUAUUACUUGACUGGGUCGUGAGUUAUGUUUCAACUACAAGCUUCUCCAUUGCUCCGAUGGUUUUUUCAAGAGCUUUGUGUGAUUGAGACUAGGGUAUCCUAUAUCUCUGCCUUUUGUUUUUUGUUGUGGAACAAAAUCAUUGCCCAGUGUUGAGUGACACUACUGUUGGAAGAUUACUUGUAGGAAGCUGGUCCAGACAGCACAUGUUCUAGUCAUCUCGAAUUUGGUGACACUACAGCAAUGUUUGAAAAAGAUAAGGUGCAGAAAAUUUAGACAUUCUAAUGGUUAUUCAAUUAACUGGAAAUUGUAUUUGGGCAACACAUAAUUAUGAAACAAAAAACUGCGGCAAUUGGGAUUGGAGAAGGUGGAUCAUUAGCAGUGCUGCUACAACUAAGAUAGGAAGCUUCCAUUAAGGCUAGGGGCUCCACUGUCCUUAGAAUGGGACUAUCUGAGCGGACUGAAUUAAAUGCAGAAUUUUAAUCCUAGAUCAAAAAAAGGAACUGUGAAACUACUCUAAGGUGGAGGCUGAUGGGUUUUUCUGGCAUUUGUUCUUUCAAGUCUGCUUCUGUACUUGGUGAAUAUAAAUCUCCCAUGAUGGAAAUCGAAGCAACAAGGGGCAGUUCUUUUAGUGUGAGGCAUAUAGAGAUGCAAAAGAUUUCCCCCAUAUCAAAUGGGAUAAUACAUAAAAACAUGUGAAAUGAGAAAAAAGCCUAGUUAAGAUUGAAGAUUGAUGUUUUCAAUAUGACUUAGUGAAAAGAGAGAAGGGGGGACUUUAGAAAACCAGAGAUCAAAUGCAAUCGGAGUUUUCGUUAUUAAUUCUUUCUGUGAAAAAAUCAUAGUUCGUGGAGAUGCAGGGUUUGGUGGCGGAGAAUAGUUUGGAAGAAUUACCUUUUUAAAAUAUAUUAAAAUACCUGUUUUUGCCAUUUAUCGUUAUGAGGAUGCCCACUUGUAAUGGAAUACAAAUCUUCAAACCUAAUGUGAAAAACAGGUGUGCUAAUUUAGGAUGAUCCCAACCUGAUUCGUAGCACAUCCCCAAGGCACAUGCCACCUCUGGAACACUGCCUGGUGUUUCGCUAUUUUUAUGUUAUUUCCAUUAAAGUGAGGUUGUCUGAUUUCCACUUAAUUGGUCAACUAAGGCAAUCAAAGCAAUUUUUAUUGAUGCGAUUCAGCCAAUCGGAUCAAUUUGGGUUCAGUUCGUAGAAUUUUUUUUGGCUAAAGUUAUCAGAGAUUAUUGUUUCCUAUCAAGAUACAUAGUCUACAUGACAUUAUUUUUCCCGUUCUCAGAAGAGAUUACGAGUGUUUCUGUUGUAGUUAUAUUCUUUCAGUAUAGUCACAGGUACAGUGUUUGAACAUUAACGGUAUAUUUUCUCCUGACUGGAAUCCCGCAGGGUUCAGGACAACCCUCAGGCCACUACGCUCCUACUGCUCUGCCCGGCGGUGCAUUUGUGCAACCACGUCCAAUUGGUGGCGCUCUGCAGCCCAUUCCUGUCCGAGGUGGGAUUGAAGGUCUGGACGGAAGUGCAAUUGACGACGUCGAAACACUAAGACUUAAAGCUGAGAGAGGUGCGAGGGCAGGAGGAUGGACUGCAGAGUUGAGCAGAAAGCGGGCAUUAGAAGAAGCAUUCAGCAGUAUGUGUGUAUGA